AUGAGCAAGGCGGUGCUCCUCGCUCUCGUAGUAGCGUGGGGAGCAUCCUUUUAUCAAAUUUACCUCAAAGAUCUUCUUGUGACCACUUUCGGUGUUGGUCGAGUGAUGCAAGAUAUAGAUGAGUUUCCGUAUUCUUGCAGGCGUGUCGAGCAUCCUAGGCUGGAGGCCUGUGAGGAUAUCUGGCUUGACGAUAAGGGACGCACAUUGUAUGCGGCAUGUGCGGGAACAUCGGGAAGAAUGGCUUGGAACCAAGCGAUGAAUCAAGUCAAUGUAACUGGACGUCGGCCUGGGGGCUCUGAACUCAUCGCCCUAGAUAUUGAUAAUCCUGGAGCGGAUGGCCUCUUCAAUCUCCGUUCUAUCAAGCCAACCGGCAACUACAUAGGAGCCACGGGUAACACGGAUCUUGAUCUCCUCGGUUUCGACGCUCUCAUCCUGGACGAUGACACUAUCCAAUUCUAUUUUGUCAACCAACGCCCUCCCGUCGGACCAUCCAACGACAUCAUUGACGCAUUCAAGACGGGCGAUAACUCCACCAUCGAGGUUUUCGAAAUGAAGAAGGGUCAAGAAACCAUGCGCCAUGUCCGCACGGUCUUCUCGAGUGAAAUUUGGACCCCGAACCGCGUUGCAGCGUUAGGCGAUGGAUCCGGUGCGUUUCUCGUGACCAACGAUCACUCCGUAAAACUCGGCCUGCGCCGCGAAUUCGACUACUUCAUCGGGGGCGGAAACAUCGCAUAUUGCCCUGGCACCGGGCCCUGCCACCCCGCCUACUCCGGCAACGAAGUCGACGAAUCAACCCUCAAAACCACCGCCGCCUCAGACUCACCCCCAUACAUGCCUUACCUCAAGCGCUUCCUAAGCUUUAUAAUCCCUAGACCGCACCUCAAAUUCCCCAACGGCCUCACCCGCGGCACCGACAACCUCUUCUACAUCCCCAGUGCCAUCGACGGCCAAGUCCGCGUCUUCGCCCUCGACCCCCAAAACAACUACACGCUGCGUCUGCUCGAAAUUAUCAACGUCGGCAUGCCGCUCGACAACAUUUCGCCCGACGCGAAGGGAGAUUUGUACGUGGCUGGAUUCCCGAGCUUGGCACAGACGGGGAAGUCGUUUUCGGAUCCGUAUAAUGAGAUUUCGCCUGUGACGAUCUGGCGUAUUCGGAAGAUAGGGAGUGAGGAGGGUAAGGAGAGCGCGGAGUAUAGGGUUGAGAAGGUGAUUGAGGAUAAAGAGUCCAAGGUUUUGAGUGGGAGUACCACGGUGAGACAUGAUGUCAAGACUGGACGGCUUUUUGUCAGUGCUGCUGUUCAUCCUUAUCUCGUGGUUUGUGAGCCGCGCGCGAGUAAAGCGUGA